ACCGUAUUAGGACAUUCUUAUCCCAGUCCCAGAACUGGAGUAUGUUGCGCGAAGCAACUAAUCGUACCCAUUCAGCCUAGACUGGCCUGCAGGCUGCAGCUGCAAAAGAUCCGCAUAGCUGCCGCGCCCGGCCCCGCCCCGCCUACAGUUUUCCCGUUUUCGAUCUCUUAUCACAUCUGCUUUAUGAAAUCAGGUACUAAGAAUUAUCCUCUCUACCGAAAGCAGGGGAAGGAAAUGGGCAGCCAAGUCCCUCAGGGUGGUGAUCGGACAAGGACAAAUUGGACACCCAUAAUGGAACGGUAUUUUAUUGAUCUUAUGCUAGAUCAGAUGCACAGGGGCAAUAGAAUGGGUCAUACCUUCAACAAGCAAGCUUGGACAGAUAUGCUGACCAUGUUCAAUGCAAAGUUUGGGACUAAAUAUGACAGAGAUAUCUUGAAAAGUCAUUAUACAAAUUUAUGGAAGCAAUACAAUGAUGUGAAGAAUCUUCUUGAACAGAAUGGAUUUUCUUGGGAUGAUGGUCGGAAAAUGGUGAUGGCUGAUGAUGAUGUCUGGGAUGCCUUCAUCAAGGUCCACCCUGAUGCACAAUUCUACAAGAGGAAGUCUUUGAUGAACUUUAACGAUCUGUGCUUGAUAUAUGCAUAUACAACUGCAGAUGGAAGAUACAGCCUUUCAAGUCAUGAUGUAGACAUAGAUGAUGACAUUCAGGGGCUCAAUAUUGGUUGCAUUGCUCCAGCAAGUAGUGAGCGUGUGAAAACAGAUUGGACACUGGCCAUGGACCGAUAUUUUGUUGAGCUUAUGUUGGAACAACUUAAAAGGGGAAAUAAAAGGGAUAGGACAUUUAGCAAACAAGCGUGGAAAGAUAUGCUCACUUUGUUCAACGCAAAAUUUUGUUCUCAAUAUGGAAAAAGUUUUUUGAAGCGACGUUAUAAGAAAUUGUUCAAGUACUAUAGUGAUAUCAGAAGCCUACUUGAAAGAAAAGGAUUUUCUUGGGAUGGAAGACAACAAAUGAUAGUGGCUGAUGAUGCUCUUUGGGAAAAGAUUAUCAAGGCACACCCAGGUGCACAUUUAUGCCGAAAGAAGACAUUACUGAACUAUCGGGAAUUGAAUUUGAUUUAUGGAAAUGAAGUUGUCAACGGACACUUAGAUCUACGCCAAGAUAAAAGCUUUGAAGAUGGCACCAUGCAAGUUAGGUCUGGUGAAGAAAAGGACAUUCAUUUUUCUGUUCAAAGUAAUGGUUUCGGGCUGUGCUGGACACUUGCUAUGGAUCGUUAUCUCAUUGAUUUGCUGCAAGACCAGGCACUUAGAGGGAAUAAAAUUGGUCAUGAAUUGACAACUGAGGCUUGGAUUGAAAUGAUCAAGUUGUUCAAUGAGAGAUUUGGGACACAUCAUGAGAAAGAAAUUCUGAAGAAUCGGUACAUACAUUUGAGGAGGCAAUACAAUGAUGUAAACCUUCUUCUUGAGCAGAAUGGGUUUUCUUGGGAUGAGAGUCGAGAGAUGUUAACUGCAGAAGAUUAUGUUUGGGACUCUUUUAUUAAGGUACAUCCUGAUGUUCGAUCAUAUAGAAAUAAACCUGUGCUGAGCUAUCACAAGUUAUGUGUUAUAUUCGGUGAAGAAAUUUCCAAUGGAAGAUACAGUCAUAGAGCUCAUAUUGUGGAUCUUGACAGCAAAGGGCCAGCUUUUACAAUUGGAGAGGAUGUUCAAUGCUAUACAAAUGGUGAUUGUUCAAGAAUUGAUUGGACACCUUCGAUGUAUCGCUAUUUUAUCGACCUUUUGUUAGAUCAAGUGAUUAGAGGGAAUAAGAUUGAUUACACUCUGGAUAAUCAAGCUUGGAUAGAUAUGGCUGUGUUGUUCAGGGAAAAAUUUGAACUAAAACUUGACAAAGAUGUUCUGAAGGGUUGUCAUAAAACUUUAGGGCAAUUGUUCAAUGAUAUGAAGAAUCUACUUACCCAGAGAGGAUUUUCUUGGGAUGAAUCACAGCAGUUGGUUACGGCAUAUGAUGAUGUUUGGGAUACUUAUUUAAAGGGAAACCCAGAUGCCAUUUCAUAUAGAACUGAUCGAAAGCCAAAUUACAAUGACUUGUUCUUGAUUUAUGGAAAUUCAGCUUCAGACAGAGGAGGGGGUGACCAAUCAGGUCCAGCCAAACUUAACAAUAGCUAUUGCUGGAGAACUGAUUGGACUCCACCAAUGGACCGACGUUUCAUUGAUCUAAUGCUGGAGCAUGUUCGUCAAGGAAGUAUGGUUAAUCUAAGAUUUAAUAGGCAAGCAUGGAGUGAUAUGGCUGCAAAGUUUAGUGCUGAAUUUGGGUCUCAGCAUGACAAAGAUUUCUUAAAGAGUCGUUUUAUGAAUUUGAGGAAGCAAUUCAAUGGUAUGAAAAAUUUACUUGAUCUGAAAGGAUUUGCUUGGGAUGAACUGAGACAGAUGAUAAUUGCUGAUGAUGAUCUCUGGAAUUCUUAUUUGAAGGAAAACCCGGAUGCCUGGUCAUACUGCAAUAGAACUCUCCCAAAUUAUAAUGACUUGUUCUUGAUAUUUGGAGGUACAAACAACAAUGCAAGACUUGACCAUUCAUGUCACUCAAUGGCUGCUGAUGACUAUGUUCUGGGACUAAAUUUUUGCGAGGAUGAUGGCCUAUCCCCUGUUGAUUUUGACCACCCUUCACAAGUAAAUUGGACAAAGACAAUGGAAGUCUUUUUCAUUGAACUUCUGUUAGAGUGGGUGCUUAAGGGAAAUAAGAUUGGUCAGACAUUCAACGAGCAUGCAUGGUCCUGGAUAAUUGCCUUAUUUAAUGAAAAGUUUGGCCUCCUCUGUGAAAAAGAUGCUGCAGAAAGCUGGUACCUUAGCUUGAUGGAAGAGUAUGAAAACAUCACAGAUCUUCUCAAUGAGAAUGGUUUUUCUUGGGAUGAAACUGAGCAAAAAAUAAUUGCUGCUGAUGAUGAUUGGCAAUCUUAUAUCGAGGAACAUCCAUAUGCAAUCAAGUACAGAGAUCAAAUCUUAAGUAGUUAUGAUGUUCUUUGCGUUAUUUAUGGUAAUGAAGUGCCCGUUGGAAGAUCAAGUAAUUUGGGUGUAAAAAUGGAGAUUGACAUAGACAUGGGGCUCGAAGGAAUUAAUGCAGAUGUAAAUCUGACUGAAGAAUUUGAGACAUAUGAUCACAGAAAAAAACGGAAACUUGUGACGCCGUCAACCUCAGUGGCUUCUAGGAAAGUUCAAAGACAGAAGAUGGAGGAUCCAAAAGAACUUGGUCGGAAGCUGGACGUGGUCAAAACAAUGGGAAGUAGGGAGGCAAAAGAACAUAUGUCAAUUGAAGUCAUUGUUGAUGCACUUCAAGCUAUACCAGAUAUGGACGACGAACUCUUCUUGGAAGCCUGUCAACUUCUAGAAAAUGAGAAAAAGGCUAAGGUUUUUGUGGGAAUGGAUGUAAAUCAGCGGAGGAAAUGGUUAUUUAGAAAGCUCCAUAGAUAACAUCUACCUGACUUCGUUAUUGUGAUAUAUUAUCAUUGUACAGUUCAAAAUUUUGUGUGUAAAAUAGGCCAAAAGUCAAUGCAAUGUAGUUUAUUUCAA